GAGAGGAGUUUAUUGUCAACACUCCACCAGUUGCAUACGCAGUUGAUUUCAGAUCUUUUUUUUCUUGCCCAAGUCUUGAGGCUGCUCUUGACUCUUUCAUAUAAGAGACCUUAUAAGAGACCUGAGACAGGCCCUGGAGUACAAUAUGUCAUCCUCCACGAAAGCAUCCAGGAUUGGUGAAGAGCUAUGGAAAACAAGAGUCGACAAAGUCAAUGCGGAGCUGGUCACUUUGACAUACGGAACAAUUGUCGCACAACUCUGUCAGGACUAUGAUGGAAACUAUCAGGAGGUCAACAAGCAGCUGGAAAAAAUGGGCUACAACAUCGGAAUGCGACUCAUUGAGGAUUUUCUGGCGAAAUCGAAUGUAGGCCGGUGUGCCAAUUUUCGGGAAACGGCAGACAUGAUCGCUAAGGUCGGGUUUCGGAUAUUCCUUAAUAUCGCUCCCACUGUAACGAAUUGGACGAGCGACAAUAAUCAAUUCUCGUUGGUGUUUGACGAGAAUCCGCUCGCAGACUUUGUUGAACUACCAGACGAUGGGCGGGCUCAGGAUGAGCUUUGGUUCUCUAAUAUCUUAUGCGGUGUUUUGCGUGGGGCUUUGGAAAUGGUCCAGAUGCAGAUCGAGGCGCAUUUUGUGAGCGACGUAUUACGAGGAGAUGAUACCACGGAGAUGCGCGUAUCACUUGUGAGGUACAUCGAGGACGAAAUGCCACCCGAAGAGGAGUAAGCGUGGCAGUAUGCGUGCUGUAUGAACCUAGUUUUCCAUUUAGUCGAGGCGUCUGGUGUCUACGGGGGUUGUGUUUAAUAAGCAACUGCAUAGGUUGAUCGAGAUCAUCUGUAAGUUAAUAUUGA